AAUAUUGUGAAAUUAUUGAGACCAGGCUUCAUAAGAUUUCAUAAAGUCUUAUGAAGCAGAAAAAGUCUUGUAAAUAUAGCCUACAACUAUGUUUCCCUUUUGAUAUGAGUAAGAUUUGAUUGAGUAAGAUUUGGACUCUCCUGAAGGACAACUUUCCAUUUUCUUUUUUGAGUCACCCGUGUUUUUUUGUUUGUUUGUUUGUUUUUGAGACAGAGUCUCACUGUGUCACCCAGGCUGGAGUGCAGUGGCGCGAUCUCGGCUCACUGCAAGCUCCGCCUUCCGGGUUCAUGCCAUUCUCUUGCCUCAGCCUCCCAAGUAGCUGGGACUACAGGCACCCUCCACCGCGGCCAGCUAAUUUUUUGUAUUUUUAGUAGAGACGGGGUUUCACCAUGGUCUCGAUCUCCUGACCUCGUGAUCCACCCGCCUCGGCCUCCCAAAGUGCUGGGAUUACAGGCGUGAGCCACCACGCCCGGCCCACCUGUGUUCUUUAAACUUAUACUUAAAAUGGCUCACUGACUUGGCUCCUUGAGAACUUGUCUGCUCCUUGUCUAUUCAUCUAUCCACCCACUAGUCUCUCCAUCUACCAAAUCACCCACAGUAUAUCCAUCCAUGUUAUCCAUUCAACCAUCCAUCCAUCCAUCCAUCCAUCCAUCCAUCCAUCUAUCCAGCCAGCCACUCUCACAUUCAGCCAUCCAUGUACUCUUCCAACCAUCUGGCUGUCCAUCCAGCAAUAAAAUUACAAUUUCCCCAUCCAUUUGCCUACUCAACCUUCUGUCCAUUCAUUUGCUUAUCUAUUUACCAAACUACCCAUCACCCAGACAUCAUGCUUCUCAUUGAUUUAAUAAACUACUUUGAACUCUAACUACAUGCUGGGCCUUGUAGUAGACACCAGGAUACUAGGAUAAAGCCUCUUCCCCCAACCUACUUAUAGUCUAGUGGAGAAAUGAGACAAAAAACUAAAUAGAAUUCAACAUGAAAAUUCCUAUAAUAGAAGAAUGUCAGGUGGUUUAGGAGCCCAAGGUGCGGUAGGAAGUUUCUCUGGAAAUUGUGAAAAAAGGUAUAUAAACUGGCCCUUGGAGGAUGACAGUUGUCCAUUCCUGAAUGAAAUCCUGCAAGUUUUUACUGCAUCCAUCAUGGAGCCUGGAGAUUGCAAGUGUUCUCAAUCUCUAUGAAGGUGACAUUUUCCCAGUGUGACUGAUGUACUGUAGAAAUUACAGAGCACAGUCCUGGAGGGCUGGAUCAAUGGCAUUGAUUUUGCUCUCUUCUGGACAUGGUCAAGUGAUAAUGACAGGGAAGAUUGAGACAUGCCAGAGGAAAUCUUCCCAAACCGACAGUGAUGAGUGUCUCAUUUUAAAUCACACUUCCUGUGAGCCUGAUUUAUUGUAUUUAUUUAUUUUGAGAAAGAGUCUCACUCUCUUACCCAGGCUGGAGUGCAGUGGCAUGAUCUCAGCUCAUUGCAACUUCUGCCUCCCGGAGUCAAACGAUCCUCCUGUCUCAGCCUCCUGAGUAGCUGGGGCCACAGGUGCUUGCCACUAUGCCUGCCUAAUGUUUUCUAUGUCUUUGUAGAGACAGGGUUUCACCAUGUUGCCCAGGCUGGUCUUGAACUCCUGAGCUCAAGAAAUCUGCCCACCUCAGCCUCCCAAACUGUUGGGAUUACAGGCAUGAGCCACCACACCCAGCCCAUGAGCCUGAUUUAAACCUAGUCCACAAACACCUGGCUUUCUCUGGCAUAAUUUGAUAGUUGCUUUGAGUGCCAGAGAAUUUAUGUCAUUGUGCCUGGGAGCUGACCCUCAGCGUGGUUUUUGCUUUGACUCCACGUCCCGGUUUGUUGUUGUUUUUAGGGUGGGGCUUUUUCUGUAUGUUGCCCAGGCUGGCGUGCAGUGGCUAUUCACAGGCACCAGCAUCAUAGCACACUACAGGGCUGAACUCCUGGGCUCAAGCAAACCUCCUGUCUCAGCCUCUCAAGUAGCUGGGAUUACAGGCACAUGACACCGGGCUAGCUUGAUGUCCUGUUUUAACCCGAGUCGUUUGUAGCCAGCUUUGGCAAACCUCUCAUAAGCAUAUUCUGCAAUGUUAUAAUUACCUGGGUGGUGGCCUGCAUCUGGGGAUCACUUAAAUGCUUUCAUCUUCAUGUCCAUCUAAGGAUAAUUUCAAUGAGAAGCUUCUAGGUCAUUUCCAUAGACUCCUCUUCCCCUCUUGUUUGUAUUACAAACGUGUGUAAAAGAAGAGGAUUUUGGAGAGAGAGACUUGGAUUCAAAUCCCAGCUCCGCCAUUAGUCAAUUGCAGGGCCUUGUAUACCCUUGCUAAGCCUCAGAUCUCUCACCUGUAUAAUGAGCCCAAUAGUACCUGCUUGCGGGCCUCUUGUGAGGAUUUUUGUAAAGCGUAGUAACACACUCAGGAAAUGGGAGCUGCUUUUGUGGUUGCUGUCACUGCAGUGAUUCCCAGGGACAUUUGAUAUUUUAAAUUACAUUGGAAGAAUUCUCAUAUUUUUUUCACAGGCAGAAUUGGCUCAUGGAUCAGACUAACCAGAUUUAUGGUUAAACAUGUUUAUAAAAAACAUGAAGUCAUGUUUUUUUAAAUGCAGCAGGAAAGCAAAUCAUUAGGUCUAAUUUGUUAGGCUGAGAAAACACUGGAAUGAAAGUGCUGUUAACAAACACUUAGCAUAGGCUGGGCAAUAAUCACAUGUGCUUUAGCUUGAAAGGUUUGUGUGCCUCGUUGGAAGGGGUUGGGUCAGAGGCUUAUGACGGCUUCAUUGAAAAUGCAGAGUUGGACAUAGCCAUCCCUAUACCAGCAUCACACUGAAAUUAAGGGCGAUAGACUUCAAAAGAAAUUUUGUGUUUUACAUCACUGCCAUGUUUUCCCUUUACAAGGCAUGAUUAAUUUUAAUUUUUCUAAUGCAUUUGUUUUUGUCAAUAAAGGCAGAAGAUGAGGAAUGAAAAUAAGAACUAAUAGUAACUAUCCCACUUGACCUUGAGCAAGAUACCCAAUGCUUCUGUGACCAGAAGCUGGUCACUUCUGGGUUGAUAAAAUGGGAGCAAUAAUAGCACCUCCUUCAAAAGGUUGUAGUGAGGGUUAAACGAGUUCAUGCAGAUGUGCUUAGAACAGUGGCUGGGAUGUAGUCAGUGUUCAGCAAGUGUUAGCUGCCAUCCUCCUCCUCCUCAUCAUUUGUAAUAGGAGUAGCAGUACGGUUUUUUUUUUUUUUUUUUUUUGACAGAGUCUCACUCUGUCACCCAGGCCGGAGUGCAGUGGCAUGAUCUCAGCUGACUGCAACCCCUGUCUCCUGGGUUCAAGUGAUUCUCCUGCCUCAGCCUCCCAAGAAGCUGGGAUUACAGGUGCGUGCCGCCACACCCAGCUGAUUUUUGUAUUUUUAGUAGAGACAAGGUUUCACUAUGUUGGCCAGGCUGGUCUCCAACUCCUGACCUCAGGUGAUCCACCCACGUUGGCCUCCCAAAAUGCUGGGAUUACAGGUGUGAGCCACCACACCCGGCCGGAGCAGCAGUACUGUCUUAAGAGUAGGACCCUGAAGCACUCUAAAGGUGAAAUAAUUUCCUCAAGGUCCAAUGGCAAGUGGAACAGUCCAAAUUUGAAUUCGGGCAGAUGAUUUCAGAGCCAGCAGUCUAAAUUAUGCUUUUCAAAAUGAUUUUGAUGUUGUACAAGUAAGACUUAAAAUUUAUAUCAAUUACCACUAUCUUUCUAAAAGGCAAAUUUGAUCAUUUUUCUCUCACUUAAAAUCCACUAGCCCCUGGGCUUCUCAAGGGUGGAAGAGAUGUUUCAUUCUCUGAAGUAUUUCUAAUACCUGGCUCCACACCUGUAGCAGCAAAGGUUUGUUGAUCAAAGCUGAGACACCCUCUCCCAUCCAUAAAAGGAUAAAGUCCAAACUCUUUGGCUUUUUUUUUUUUUUUUUUUUUUUUUGAGAUGGAGUCUCGCUCUGUUGCCCAGGCUGGAGUGCAGUGGCGCAAUCGGCUCACUGCAAGCUCCGCCUCCUGGGUUCACACCAUUCUCCUGCCUCAGCCUCCCCAGUAGCUGGGACUACAGGAGCCCGCCACCACGCCUGGAUAAUUUUUUUGUAUUUUUAGUAGAGACGGGGUUUCACCGCAUUAGCCAGGAUGGUCUCGAUCUUCUGACCUCGUGAUCCACCCUCCCGAAGUGCUAGGAUUACAGGCGUGAGCCACUGCGCCCAGCCUAAACUCUGGCUUGACACCAGAGCAACCCACGGCUUGGCCACCAUCUCCAGCUCAGCCUGGUACCCAGCAGUUCUCUCCCUGCUCCAGCUACGGCAGGACAUUGGUCACUGAUUUCUUUGGCUUGAAAGAUCCUCUUCAAGGUUCAUGUGUCCCUGACAAUCUCCUAUUCUUCCUUCAAGAUCCAGCUCAAUGUCACCCCCUCUUAGAAUUCUUCUCCUGCAUCUUCCCUAUUCCCCAAACCUCAGGGCAGAACAUGUGGGUGCCUUGGAAGAUUGCUCACUGAGGGUCUUCAGUUGGACCUCAAAGGAUAGGUAGGCUUUGGGCCUGUGAAGAAGGGAAAGGUACCUUAGCCACAGUAACAGCAUGGGCAACACACAGACCUGGAGAAUGAAUGGCUCUGAGAGAGAUUUCACUAAUUCCUCCAAAUCAUUAUUUUCUCCAGUGUGAGUUGUAUUAUUUCCUCCUCCCCAUGCAGACUUACAUUCUAGGGGCGUGCUUUCUUUUUCUCUCCUUUUUUAAGAGAUGGGAGUCUCACUCUGUUGGCCAGCUGGUCUCGAACUCCUGGCCUCAGUGAUCCUCCCAUCUUGGCCUCCCAAAGUGCUGGGAUUAUAGACAUGAGCCACUGGGCCAGCCCAAUGGUUGCACUUUCAAUACAGGUGGAGAGUGUCCCUACUGCUUUUCCUGAUCCCUGAGAGGGUCUUUCGAAGGAGAUCACAAUAGCAAUUCAUUUCUUUGGAAAAACCUGUCCAAGUAAGGAAAACCUGUCAUAUAUACCCUGCAUGUAAGACAGAGUAGAGAAGCCACUGGCCAGGAUGCCAGGAGAACUGCAUUCUUAUCCUAACUCUGUCACUCACUAACUUUCAGACUAGAGGCAACUGCCUCAGCCUCUCUGAGAUUAGGUUUCUUCAUCUGUAAAAUUGGUAUCCUGUAGCCUGCCUGGCCCAAUUCCCAGUGCUGUGGUGAAGACCAGAUGAGCAAUGCUCUGUCUCUAUCUAGCUUUGAGACAUUGGGAAAGGCGUUUAAUUACUAUACCUUGAAUUCUUUGGUCAUGAAAAGGAGGCCAAGAAUGCUUUCCAGAUUGUUUGGCUUUGAGGAUUAGAUGAAGUAACAUAUGGAAAAUGCACAGUGCAGUGCCUGGUAUAUAGUAGAUAUUCAAUGGAUAUUCUUUUCUUUUUUCCUUCCUUCCUUCCUCUCUCCCUUCCUACCACCCUUCUUUCUUUCCUCCUUCCUUCCUUCCUUUCCUCCUUCCUUCCCUCCCUCAUUCCUUCUCCUUUGUUUCUUAGUUAUAAAAAUGAGGAGUUAGAAUAAAUAUCCUCUCAUUAAAUAGUCUAACUCUGUGCCUUUAAAAAAAAAUUAAAGAUCAUGUUUUAUUAGUGAGAUAUUAUUUGGAAACCCAAAGAAAUAUAUUUUCCAAGUAGGAGGGAGAAGAUCCAGCUUUUUUCUGCCCUGGGAGAUCCAGAAGUUUAAGGCAAAAUGAUAAACAUGUCAGAAUGACUUCUUUAUUUCUAUUUAUAAUCUUUGCCAUACAGCUCGGUGGAUGGUGAGGUGCUUUUUCCAGCAUAGAAACUUUCCUUGGCUGAGGAAAGGCAAGAAUAAAUACUUUUCCUGGGAUGAGUCCAUUACCAGUGCCCUCUUUCCAAUAUUCCUCCAGAUUGAAAUUUAUGCUUAAAAAUCCAAGUGAGUUAAGAGAGACUGUGACUUUCUAAAGCAAACUCUUUUGCAAUGCUAUUUUGCUGUGAAAAGUCAGCACUUUUUUUUUUUUUUUUUUUAAGUUGUGAUGGCUGCAUGUGGAUUUCAGGGCAAAGUGGGUAUAUGGUAACCCUGAAGAAUUGUAUCUGAUCAAGACCACAGGAGAAACUUUCCCAUCACAGCAGGGCCCCUUAAGCCCUCAACGCUUCCCUUCUCUGCACCACCACUCAGUGGUGGCUGAGGCAGGCUAGGCUAGCUACCGCUCACAGUUUUCCAGGGAGUAGAAAGCUCCGAAAUCAAAGAAAUGGGUCCUUGAGGGAGGCAGGAAAGUUGUCUGUCUGGACGUUUCCUCUGACCCCUGUCUGCUUCCUACUCCAGGGCCUCCUGCAGGCAGGUGUCUAUGCUGAUCAUUAGGAUCUUAUCACCUGUCCUCUCCUUGCCUCAUUUCUGCACCACCUGGGCCAGUCUUCCCACAAAUAAGCCACACCUCCUGGCCCAGGUCAAGCUGCUUCUCCUCUGGGAAGCCCUCUCUGAUUACUCCAGAUAUCAGCAUUUUCUUUCCUGGAAUGUUUAAAAGAUUGAAUCAUCUCCACUGAAUGAUCUCCUCCAACACUCUAACCUGACCCCAUCAGCUGGAUUGAAACUCUUCUCGUAUAUGUUUGCACGAGGAAGGGUGGGGAUGAGUCUCGAGACCGGCAAUGGGAGAGAAGACAGAGGUCAAACGAGGGUGAGAGGACAUCGUGUCCUUGUACCUGCACAGCUCCAAGCCCAGCAAUGAGCACAAACCAGAUGAUUGAGUGGAUGACAUUGUCACCAACUGAAAGCAGAAGCAGCAGAGAACAUCUUGCUAGUGAGAGGUGAUGAGCUGGACCAUAAAAGGUGACAAGCCCUGGACUCCGGUGCGGCUGGGGCUGGGGCUACCUGAAGGGAGAGCAGAGACUCAGGUGCCCAGUGAGCAAUGGCAGUGAGGAGAAGCAGAGAGCGACGCCAGCAAGCAACGCCUCCUGCCCCUGCUUUUGCUCUUGUGUCUCUUGACCCUGUGAGGUCCAGCAACCACAGGGACUGAGCAGCAGUUGGACUUGGGGGCAGCCAAGCUUCUGGAAAAUUUUAGCUUGUUAUUGUGAAGAUUUGUGGACUAUCCCAAAGUUCUGGCUUUUGGAAAAGGGUGCCUGCAUUUUCUUCUGCACAGGCUCUGCUGAAGGAGUUUGCUGCACCCUUGAAGGGAGAGGCCAGCUCAGGUCCUCAUGGCUCAAUCUUUGAGCAGGCCUCUAACCCAGUGAGGACAGCGGUCAACCAGUCUCCAGCUAACAGCUUCCUGCAGAGACUUCCAGCAUUGUUAGCUAACAUGCACUCUUCUGAGGCCUUCAACAGCUGGAAACUGUUUCAGGACUAUCUUGCCAGCUAAGAAGCGGAAUCCCAGUUCUUGUUGCCAGGAAGCUUUUAAUGGCCAAUGGAGAAUGCUGUCCUCCCUUAGUGAAAGAAUUCCCAAGGAAAUUUGAGAAUCUUUUAGGAUUCACUUCAACGGAAUGUUUCUUGGGACAUGUGUCUUCAGGCACUGGAAGCCACUCAGGGGCAAGAAGGGAGCACGCUGCCAGGAUGGGAGCUGCUGGGAGGCAGGACUUCUCCUUCAAGGCCAUGCUGACCAUCAGUUGGCUCACUCUGACCUGCUUCCCUGGGGCCACAUUCACAGUGGCUGCUGGGUGCCCUGACCAGAGCCCUGAGUUGCAACCCUGGAACCCUGGCCAUGACCAAGACCACCAUGUGCAUAUCGGCCAGGGCAAGACACUGCUGCUCACCUCUUCUGCCACGGUCUAUUCCAUCCACAUCUCAGAGGGAGGCAAGCUAGUCAUUAAAGACCACGAUGAGCCGAUUGUUUUGCGAACCCGGCACAUCCUGAUUGACAACGGAGGAGAGCUGCAUGCCGGGAGUGCCCUGUGCCCUUUCCAGGGCAAUUUCACCAUCAUUUUGUAUGGAAGGGCUGAUGAAGGUAUUCAGCCGGAUCCUUACUAUGGUCUGAAGUACAUUGGGGUUGGUAAAGGAGGUACUCUUGAGUUGCAUGGACAGAAAAAGCUCUCCUGGACAUUUCUGAACAAGACCCUUCACCCAGGUGGCAUGGCAGAAGGAGGCUAUUUUUUUGAAAGGAGCUGGGGCCACCGUGGAGUUAUUGUUCAUGUCAUCGACCCCAAAUCAGGCACAGUCAUCCAUUCUGACCGGUUUGACACCUAUAGAUCCAAGAAAGAGAGUGAACGUCUGGUCCAGUAUUUGAACGCGGUGCCCGAUGGCAGGAUCCUUUCUGUUGCAGUGAAUGAUGAAGGUUCUCGAAAUCUGGAUGACAUGGCCAGGAAGGCGAUGACCAAAUUGGGAAGCAAACACUUCCUGCACCUUGGAUUUAGACACCCUUGGAGUUUUCUAACUGUGAAAGGAAAUCCAUCUUCUUCAGUGGAAGACCAUAUUGAAUAUCAUGGACAUCGAGGCUCUGCCGCUGCCCGGGUAUUCAAAUUGUUCCAGACCGAGCAUGGCGAAUAUUUCAAUGUUUCUUUGUCCAGCGAGUGGGUUCAAGAUGUGGAGUGGACGGAGUGGUUUGAUCAUGAUAAAGUAUCUCAGACUAAAGGUGGGGAGAAAAUUUCAGACCUCUGGAAAUCUCACCCAGGAAAAAUCUGCAAUCGUCCCAUUGAUAUACAGGCCACUACAAUGGAUGGAGUUAACCUCAGCACCGAGGUUGUCUACAAAAAAGGCCAGGAUUAUAGGUUUGCUUGCUACGACCGGGGCAAAGCCUGCCGGAGCUACCGUGUACGGUUCCUCUGUGGGAAGCCUGUGAGGCCCAAACUCACAGUCACCAUUGACACCAAUGUGAACAGCACCAUUCUGAACUUGGAGGAUAAUGUACAGUCAUGGAAACCUGGAGAUACCCUGGUCAUUGCCAGUACUGAUUACUCCAUGUACCAGGCAGAAGAGUUCCAGGUGCUUCCCUGCAGAUCCUGCUCCCCCAACCAGAUCAAAGUGGCAGGGAAACCAAUGUACCUGCACAUCGGGGAGGAGAUAGACGGCGUAGACAUGCGGGCGGAGGUUGGGCUUCUGAGCCGGAACAUCAUAGUGAUGGGGGAGAUGGAGGACAAAUGCUACCCCUACAGAAACCACAUCUGCAAUUUCUUUGACUUCGAUACCUUUGGGGGCCACAUCAAGUUUGCUCUGGGAUUUAAGGCAGCACACCUGGAGGGCAUGGAGCUGAAGCAUAUGGGACAGCAGCUGAUAGGUCAGUACCCGAUUCACUUCCACCUGGCCGGUGAUGUAGACGAAAGGGGAGGCUAUGACCCACCUACAUACAUCAGGGACCUCUCCAUCCAUCAUACAUUCUCUCGCUGCGUCACAGUCCAUGGCUCCAAUGGCUUGUUGAUCAAGGACGUUGUGGGCUAUAACUCUUUGGGCCACUGCUUCUUCACGGAAGAUGGGCCAGAGGAACGCAACACUUUUGACCACUGUCUUGGCCUCCUUGUGAAGUCUGGAACCCUCCUCCCCUCGGACCGUGACAGCAAGAUGUGCAAGAUGAUCACAGAGGACUCCUAUCCGGGCUACAUCCCCAAGCCCAGGCAAGACUGCAAUGCUGUGUCCACCUUCUGGAUGGCCAAUCCCAACAACAACCUCAUUAACUGUGCCGCUGCAGGAUCUGAGGAAACUGGAUUUUGGUUUAUUUUUCACCACGUACCAACGGGCCCCUCCGUGGGAAUGUACUCCCCAGGUUAUUCAGAGCACAUUCCACUGGGAAAAUUCUAUAACAACCGAGCACAUUCCAACUACCGGGCUGGCAUGAUCAUAGACAACGGAGUCAAAACCACUGAGGCCUCUGCCAAGGACAAGCGGCCGUUCCUCUCGAUCAUCUCUGCCAGAUACAGCCCUCACCAGGACGCCAACCCGCUGAAGCCCCGGGAGCCGGCCAUCAUCAGACACUUCAUUGCCUACAAGAACCAGGACCAUGGGGCCUGGCUGCGUGGCGGGGAUGUGUGGCUGGACAGCUGCCGGUUUGCUGACAAUGGCAUUGGCCUCACCCUGGCCAGUGGUGGAACCUUCCCAUAUGAUGACGGCUCCAAGCAAGAGAUAAAGAACAGUUUGUUUGUUGGCGAGAGUGGCAACGUGGGGACGGAAAUGAUGGACAAUAGGAUCUGGGGCCCUGGUGGCUUGGACCAUAGUGGAAGGACCCUCCCUAUAGGCCAGAAUUUUCCAAUUAGAGGAAUUCAGUUAUAUGAUGGCCCCAUCAAUAUCCAAAACUGCACUUUCCGAAAGUUUGUGGCCCUGGAGGGCCGGCACACCAGCGCCCUGGCCUUCCGCCUGAAUAAUGCCUGGCAGAGCUGCCCCCAUAACAACGUGACCGGCAUUGCCUUUGAGGACGUUCCGAUUACUUCCAGAGUAUUCUUCGGAGAGCCUGGGCCCUGGUUCAACCAGCUGGACAUGGAUGGGGAUAAGACAUCUGUGUUCCAUGACGUCGAUGGCUCCGUGUCCGAGUACCCUGGCUCCUACCUCACGAAGAAUGACAACUGGCUGGUCCGGCACCCAGACUGCAUCAAUGUUCCCGACUGGAGAGGGGCCAUUUGCAGUGGGCGCUAUGCACAGAUGUACAUUCAAGCCUACAAGACCAGUAACCUGCGAAUGAAGAUCAUCAAGAAUGACUUCCCCAGCCACCCUCUCUACCUGGAGGGGGCGCUCACCAGGAGCACCCAUUACCAGCAAUACCAACCGGUUGUCACCCUGCAGAAGGGCUACACCAUCCACUGGGACCAGACGGCCCCCGCCGAACUUGCCAUCUGGCUCAUCAACUUCAACAAGGGCGACUGGAUCCGAGUGGGGCUCUGCUACCCGCGAGGCACCACAUUCUCCAUCCUCUCGGAUGUUCACAAUCGCCUGCUGAAGCAAACAUCCAAGACGGGCGUCUUCGUGAGGACCUUGCAGAUGGACAAAGUGGAGCAGAGCUAUCCUGGCAGGAGCCACUACUACUGGGACGAGGACUCAGGGCUGUUGUUCCUGAAGCUGAAAGCUCAGAACGAGAGAGAGAAGUUUGCUUUCUGCUCCAUGAAAGGCUGUGAGAGGAUAAAGAUUAAAGCUCUGAUUCCAAAGAACGCAGGCGUCAGUGACUGCACAGCCACAGCCUACCCCAAGUUCACCGAGAGGGCUGUCGUGGACGUGCCGAUGCCCAAGAAGCUCUUUGGUUCUCAGCUGAAAACAAAGGACCAUUUCUUGGAGGUGAAGAUGGAGAGUUCCAAGCAGCACUUCUUCCACCUCUGGAACGACUUCGCUUACAUUGAAGUGGAUGGGAAGAAGUACCCCAGUUCGGAGGAUGGCAUCCAGGUGGUGGUGAUUGAUGGGAACCAAGGGCGCGUGGUGAGCCACAUGAGCUUCAGGAACUCCAUUCUGCAAGGCAUACCGUGGCAGCUUUUCAACUAUGUGGCGACCAUCCCUGACAAUUCCAUAGUGCUUAUGGCAUCAAAGGGAAGAUACGUCUCCAGAGGCCCAUGGACCAGAGUGCUGGAAAAGCUUGGGGCAGACAGGGGUCUCAAGUUGAAAGAGCAAAUGGCAUUCGUUGGCUUCAAAGGCAGCUUCCAGCCCAUCUGGGUGACACUGGACACUGAGGAUCACAAAGCCAAAAUCUUCCAAGUUGUGCCUAUCCCUGUGGUGAAGAAGAAGAAGUUGUGAGGACAGCUGCCGCCUGGUGCCACCUCGUGGUAGACUAUGACGGUGACUCUUGGCAGCAGACCGGUGGGGGAUGGCUGGGUCCCCCAGCCCCUGCCAGCAGCUGCCUGGGAAGGCCGUGUUUCAGCCCUGAUGGGCCAAGGGAAGGAUAUCAGAAAUCCUGGUGCUGCCACCUGCCCCUACUCAAGUGUCUACCUGGAGCCCCUGGGGCGGUGCUGGCCAAUGCUGGAAACAUUCACUUUCCUGCAGCCUCUUGGGUGCUUCUCUCCUAUCUGUGCCUCUUCAGUGGGGGUUUGGGGACCAUAUCAGGAGACCUGGGUUGUGCUGACAGCAAAGAUCCACUUUGGCAGAAGCCCUGACCCAGCUAGGAAGUAGCCUGGAGGGCUGGUCAUUCACAGAUCCCCAUGGCCUUCAGCAGACAAGUGAGGGUGGUAAAUGUAGGAGAAAGAGCCUUGGCUUUAAGGAAAUCUUUACUCCUGUAAGCAAGAGCCAACCUCACAGGAUUAGCAGCUGGGGUAGAACUGGCUAUCCUUGGGGAAGAGGCAAGCCCUGCCUCUAGCCGUGUCCACCUUUCAGGAGACUUUGAGUGCCAGGUUUGGACUUGGACUAGAUGACUCUCAAAGGCCCUUUUAGUUCUGAGAUUCCAGAAAUCUGCUGCAUUUCACAUGGUACCUGGAACCCAACAGUUCAUGGAUAUCCACUGAUACCCAUGAUGCUGGGUGCCCCAGGGCACACGGGAUGGAAGGGUGAGAACUAAUGCCUACCUUGAGGGGCCUGCAGUCCAGUAGGGCAGGCAGUCAGGUCCAUGCACACUGCAAUGCCAGGCGGAGAAAUCACAGAGAGGUAAAAUGGAGGCCAGUGCCAUUUCAGAGGGGAGGGUCAGGAAGGCUUCUUGCUUACAGGAAUGAAGGCUGGGGGCAUUUUGCUGGGGGACAUGAGGCAGCCUCUGGAAUGGCUCAGGGAUUCAGCCCUCCCUGCCGCUGCCUGCUGAAGCUGGUGACUACGGGGUUGCCCUUUGCCCACGCCUCUCUGGCCCCCUCAUGAUGGAGAAGUGUGGUCAGAGGGGAGCGAUGGGCUUCGCGGCUUAUGAGCACGGAGGAAUUCGGUCCCCAGGCAGCCCUGCCUCUGACUCUGAGAGGGUGGAGUGAAGUCCACAGAAGUGGGCUCCUGCCUUGGGGCCUCAUUUGCUCUUCAUCCAGGGAACUGAGCACGGGGGCCUCCAGGAGACCCUAGAUGUGCUCAUACUCCCUCGGCCUGGGAUUUCAGGGCUGGAAAUAUAGAAAAUAUCUAGUCCAAGCCUUCAUUUUAACAGAUGGGGAAAGUGAGCCCCCGAGAUGGGAAAGAACCACAUAGCCAGGGGAGGGCCUGGGGAGCCCCACCCUAGCCUUGCUGCCACACCACAUUGCCUCAACAACCGGCCCCAGAGUGCCCAGGCACUCCUGAGGUAGCUUCUGGAAAUGGGGACAAGUCCCCUCGAAGGAAAGGAAAUGACUAGAGUAGAAUGACAGCUAGCAGAUCUCUUCCCUCCUGCUCCCAGCGGACACAAACCCGCCCUCCCCUUGGUGUUGGCGGUCCCUGUGGCCUUCACUUUGUUCACUACCUGUCAGCCCAGCCUGGGUGCACAGUAGCUGCCACCUCCCCAUUGGUGCUACCUGGCUCUCCUGUCUCUGCAGAUCUACAGGUGAGGCCCAGCAGAGGGAGUAGGGCCCGCUAUGUUUCUGGUGAGCCAAUUUGGCUGAUCUUGGGUGUCUGAACAGCUAUUGGGUCCACCCCAGUCCUUUUCGGCUGCUGCUUAAUGCCCUGGUCUCUCCCUGGCCCACCUUAGAGAGAGCCCACAGAGCUCCUGUAAGAGGGAGAACUCUAUCUGUGGUUUAUAAUCUUGCACGAGGCACUGGGGUCUCCCUGGGUCUUGUGAUGAACUAUGUUUAUCCCCUUUCCUGCCCCAACCACAAACUCUUUCCUUCAAAGGGGCCUGCCUGGCUCCCUCCACCCAACUGCACCCAUGAGACUCGGUCCGAGAGUCCAUUCCCCAGGUGGGAGCCAACUGCCAGGGAGGUCUUUCCCACCAAACAUCUUUCAGCUGCUGGGAGGGGACCAUAGGGCUCUGCUUUUAAAGAUAUGGCUGCUUCAAAGGCCAGAGUCACAGGAAGGACUUCUUCCAGGGAGAUUAGCGGUGAUGGAGAGGAGAGUUAAAAUGACCUCAUGUCCUUCUUGUCCACGGUUUUGUUGAGUUUUCACUCUUUUAAUGCAAGGGUCUCACACUGUGAACCACUUAGGAUGUGAUCACUUUCAGGUGGCCAGGAAUGUUGAAUGUCUUUGGCUCAGUUCAUUUAAAAAAUAUAUCUAUUUGAAAGUUCUCAGAGUUGUACAUAUGUUUCACAGUACCGGAUCUGUACAUAAAACUUUCUUUCCUAAACCAUUCACCAAGAGCCAAUAUCUAGGCAUUUUCUUGGUAGCACAAAUUUUCUUAUUGCUUAGAAAAUUGUCCUCCUUGUUAUUUCUGUUUGUAAGACUUAAGUGAGUUAGGUCUUUAAGGAAAGCAACGCUCCUCUGAAAUGCUUGUCUUUUUUCUGUUGCCGAAAUAGCUGGUCCUUUUUCGGGAGUUAGAUGUAUAGAGUGUUGGUAUGUAAACAUUUCUUGUAGGCAUCACCAUGAACAAAGACAUAUUUUCUAUUUAUUUAUUAUAUGUGCACUUCAAGAAGUCACUGUCAGAGAAAUAAAGAAUUCUCUUAAAUGUCAUGAUUGGAGAUGUCCUUUGCAUUGCUUGGAAGGGGUGUACCUAGAGCCGAGGAAAUUGGCUCUGGUCUGGAAAAUUUUGCUGUAUUAUAGUAAACAUACAAAGGAUGUCA